AUGCUGGAAGUAUGCGCACCAUCCGCUUUUAUUGACCCCCUUGCUUCGGAGCUUUACCAUCUACCUAAUGGAAAAUGGUUUGGAGGUUACCACAAAGAAAUUAAAGAGAAGAAAUUUCGUCGAAUUCGUUUUUUGGAUGAUCAAUUAUUCUCGUAUUAUUUUGUCAGAAAAAUUGAUGACACAUUUCCAUUCUUUCCCGAAAAGCGUGACAUCUUAGUUAAUGCUGCUGGAAUCUUUUUACCAUCACUGAACGCGGAGUUAUCAUUCGACUUUAAAAUGAAAAGUAGAGCAGAAAAAACUACCAGUCAGAGUCUAGAUAAACAUAAUAAAAUGGAAAUUCAAUCAUUGGCAGUUGGUCACAAGGAAUCCUCUUUGGCGUUACUUAUCCCUUCCGGAAUUUCUCCCAAACCCGAAUCAAUUAAAAUCGAACGGCCUGAAAAGGUUAAUUAUCCCAUAGCCGCGUGUAAAGCAUUGGAAUUCCUUUAUAAGAUAAAGAAUGAACCUUCGGGUCCAAAAGACAACAUCAAUUUGAAAAUUUAG